GCACGGAGAGAAUGCAGCGAGUGCAAAUGGCCCACAGAAAUCUCUUUGCCCGCUUAGGUUCUGUCGGCUUAUCGGCGUCGCCGCCUAUGAAUGCGCAGGCGCCGACGGCGCGCGUGCGUCACCCCACGAGCGCCCUCGGCCUUGCUACUUUUUCUCUCGGUCGGGAGGCGGCACGGGCACGCGAGAACGGGGAGAAGGGAAGAAAGUGGGACGUGCAUGCGCAGUGGGCGGCUUGCCAUCGGUGGCCGUCUGUGGAGGGAGCGCGGCAGCCGCAGCAGGACGAGCAGCAGCAGCGGCGGGCCCUCUUCCCUUCUCUCUUUCGGUCGGGGCAGGCGCUACGAGCGCAGUCACCGCCUCCUCCUCUUCCUCCUUGCAUUUCCCGUCUCCUCACUCUGUCAGCGGGGGAUCGCCGCCUCCCCGACAGUGCGCGCGCGCGCUGGGCCUCCGCGAACGCCUCAGUCGCCGCCGCCGCCGCCGCCGCCUCCUCCUCCUCAACCAGCAGCAGUAGCAGCAGCACCUCCUCCUCUUCUUCUACCCGUCUCGCUGCCUCCGCUGCGAUGCCGGAGAAGCGGCCCUUCGAACGGCUCCCGCCCGAAGUGCGCCCCAUCAAUUAUGGGCUGUGUCUCAAACCCGACCUUAUCGACUUCACCUUCGAAGGAAAACUCGAGGCCGCCGUAGAGGUGAAGCAAGCAACCAAUCAGAUUGUGAUGAAUUGUGCUGACAUUGAUAUUAUUACAGCUUCCUAUGCACCAGAGGGAGAUGAAGAAAUUCAUGCCACAGGAUUCAACUAUCAGAAUGAGGAUGAAAAAGUGACACUUUCUUUUCCCAGCACACUUCAAAAAGGGAUGGGAACACUGAAAAUAGAUUUUGUUGGAGAACUGAACGAUAAAAUGAAAGGCUUCUAUCGAAGUAAAUAUACCACCCCUUCUGGAGACACUCGCUUUGCUGCUGUUACUCAGUUUGAGGCUACUGAUGCUCGCAGGGCCUUUCCUUGCUGGGAUGAGCCAGCCAUCAAGGCAACUUUUGAUAUCUCACUAGUGGUUCCUAAAGACAGGGUAGCUUUGUCAAAUAUGAAUAUCACUGACCGGAGGCCCUAUCCUGAUGAUGAAAACCUGGUGGAAGUUAAAUUUACCCGUACCCCUGUGAUGUCGACGUAUCUUGUUGCUUUCGUGGUUGGAGAAUAUGAUUUUGUUGAGACCAGGUCUGCUGAUGGUGUGCUAGUUCGUGUUUACACUCCCGUUGGAAAAGCAGAACAAGGAAAGUUUGCAUUAGAGGUUGCUGCUAAAACUCUGCCUUUUUAUAAGGACUACUUCAAUGUUCCUUACCCUCUUCCUAAAAUUGAUCUCAUAGCUAUUGCAGACUUUGCAGCUGGUGCCAUGGAGAACUGGGGCCUUGUUACUUAUAGGGAAACUGCACUGCUGAUAGAUCCCAAAAACUCCUGUUCCUCUUCCCGUCAGUGGGUGGCACUCGUUGUGGGCCAUGAACUAGCCCACCAGUGGUUUGGAAAUCUUGUGACUAUGGAGUGGUGGACCCAUCUGUGGCUUAAUGAAGGUUUUGCAUCCUGGAUUGAGUACCUCUGUGUAGACCAUUGCUUUCCAGAGUAUGAUAUCUGGACCCAGUUUGUUUCUGCAGAUUACACACGAGCUCAGGAGCUUGAUGCCUUAGACAACAGCCAUCCUAUUGAAGUCAGUGUGGGCCAUCCAUCUGAAGUAGAUGAAAUAUUUGAUGCAAUUUCAUAUAGCAAGGGUGCAUCAGUAAUUCGAAUGCUACAUGAUUACAUUGGGGAUGAGGAUUUCCGGAAAGGAAUGCACCUGUAUCUUACCAAGUUCCAACACAAGAAUGCAGCAACAGAGGAUCUUUGGGAAAGCUUGGAACAUGCUAGUGGUAAACCCAUUGCUGCUGUGAUGAAUACAUGGACCAAGCAGAUGGGGUUUCCACUUGUUUAUGUGGAGGUGGAGCAGCAAGAAGAUGACAAAGUGUUGAAGCUAGUCCAGAAGAAAUUCUGUGCCAGCGGACCAUAUAGUGGUGAGGAUUACCCUCUGUGGAUGAUUCCCAUCAGUAUCUGUACAAGCGAAGACCCAGCCCAUGCCAAAACACAAGUUUUGAUGGAUAAGCCUGAGCUGACUUUGGUUUUGAAAGAUGUGAAGCCAGACGAGUGGGUGAAGCUAAAUCUGGGAACAGUUGGAUUUUACCGCACACAGUAUAGUUCAGACAUGUUGGAGAGCUUGCUCCCAGCCAUCCGUGAUCUUUCCUUACCCCCGGUGGACAGGCUGGGGCUGCAGAACGAUCUCUUUUCUUUGGCCCGAGCUGGAAUUAUUAGCACUGUAGAGGUUCUAAAAGUCAUGGAAGCAUUUGUGAAUGAGCCCAACUAUACUGUGUGGAGCGACCUGAGCUGUAACCUCGGGAUUCUCUCAACUCUCUUAUCCCACACAGACUUCUAUGAGGAGAUCCAGGCAUUUAUCCGUGAUAUAUUUUCGCCCAUAGGAGAGAAGCUGGGCUGGGACCCCAAGCCUGGCGAGGGCCAUCUAGAUGCGCUUCUGAGGGGUUUAGUAUUGGGCAAGCUAGGAAAAGCUGGCCAUAAGGCAACAUUAGAAGAAGCUCGACGCCGGUUUAAGGACCACGUGGAAGGGAAGCAGAUUCUGCCUGCUGAUCUGAGAAGUCCUGUAUAUGUAACUGUUUUGAAGCAUGGUGACAGUACCACCUUAGACACUAUGUUAAAGCUCCACAAGCAAGCUGAUAUGCAGGAAGAGAAGAACCGAAUAGAGCGGGUGCUUGGCGCAAUAUCUCAGCCAGAGCUAAUACAGAAAGUUCUCACUUUUGCACUUUCAGAAGAGGUACGUCCCCAGGACACAGUGUCUGUUAUUGGUGGAGUGGCUGGAGGCAGUAAACAAGGCAGAAAAGCUGCCUGGAAGUUUGUCAGAGACAACUGGGAGGAGCUCUAUAAUCGCUACCAGGGGGGCUUCUUAAUAUCCAGGCUAAUUAAGCUAUCAGUAGAUGGAUUUGCAAUUGACAAAAUGGCUGCAGAGGUUAAGGCUUUCUUUGAGAGUCACCCAGCUCCGUCAGCUGAGCGUACCAUCCAGCAGUGCUGUGAAAACAUUCUGUUGAACGCUGCGUGGCUGAAGCGUGAUGCUGAAAAUGUCCACCAGUAUCUCUUGCAGCGCAAGGCCUCACCAACCGCUGUGUGAACCCACCCUCACCACCUCGGAUAUCCCAACUGCUGUGGCCCAACUGCCUCGGUGCGAGGAGGAGGAGCUGCUACCCAACAGCUGAAUAAUACGCCAAGGAAAUUGGAGUCUUUUCUCAAACCAUUGGGGAUUGGACAAUGAAUGUAGUUAACUGGUUCCUGCUCACACUCCAGAACUAAAUUCUAUUAAAAAUUUUAUCAACAAUUCAGCAAAAACAAAACCAACCACCCUGUAAAUAUAAUAGUAAUAAAAUAGAGCAUAACAAAACUGUGAAACUUCCUUAAGCCUUGUGAGUGGUCAAAAUAUUUAACACUCUUCCCCCUUCUUUACACUUACUGCUGAAUGUUUUUUUAACCACCCCCUCUCUUUUUCUAAAAAGAAAAAAACCAAAACCAAAAUGCAAGGAAGCCAGAGGUUUCUAGGCAAGUUGAAUUCUAUGGCAAGUUGAAAUGGGUUAAUGCCUCUGAGCACACCAGAAAGCAUGCAACAAGUCAGCAAAAACACGUAUGUGUUGUGCGAAAUGGUUCAAUUAUGAAAGACGGCUCUAGUGCAUAGUGCUGAGCUGCAGGUUUUGGGGAGACAUCCUGUAAUCUUGGUUCAUAUUUGAAGGCUUGUUAGUAUCCUGCCCAUCACAACCGUGGGGUUUUUUGGGGUAGGGGGAUAAAAUGUUUGCUCCCAUCCCUUCCUUUUAGUUUCAUAUGCUGAUGUCCUUCUUAGAGAUUACAAAAACUGUUCGGGAAAUAUCUUUCUCAGCCACACUAAACAAGGAAAGAAUUCAUACCUCCUUUUUCCAUCCUCCUUUAAAUUAUACCCUACCACUGCAUGCAAAUAAGAUUUAGUACUGUGACUGAAUCCUUCUGGGCUGCUCUAAGUACUGCCCCUCUUUAUGCAUAACUCUGUAGUUUGACUGAAGGACUUGUUUAAAAAAAAACAAAACACUACCCUAAAUUCCUUGUGACUGCAGCUUUCCAUCCCCCUUUCUUUGGUGAUGUUUGGUAACUUGAUUCAGAAGCCUUAAAACUUGUACUAGCUGGCAUGAUGAUGAAAUUCUAAGUUGUGUGCCAUCAGUUGCUUACCAGAGUAGCAUGUUCCUGCUAACCAGAUUUCCAACCCAACACCACUCCUCUCUCAAACGUUUACAGUACCCUUUUUUAAAAUACCUUUUUAAAAAGGAAUUCAUACUUGGUGUGGCUUUAACUGUUAUUUGAGAAGGUCAUCAGAUACUAGCUGUCAAAUUGCUUCCCUGGAAACACAUUUUUGUGCUAUUGUUUUAAAAGAAAACAAAAGGAAAAAAUUAAAACAAGUUGGCGUUAAUAAAAAGGAAAGUCAAUGUAAAA